UUGUUCCACAAGAUAAUGCCACAUGUAGACAUGCUGUUUAGCCAACUGCAGAAGAGGAACAUCGACUCUGUCUACAUCAAAGGACUCAUCAAGAGGUUCACCAGCAGCAUACAGACAAUCAGGGACUCCAUUCCUCCUGAUGGAUCUGUACAACAGCCGCCCACAACAAAACGGAGGGGACUUGGACAUGAAGAGCAACAGCGGUUGGCUAGAGAGGUAUGUGAUACCAUACUGAGUCACACAAAGGAGAGAUUCUCCUUCACCAAACACCUGAUCAGCGCCACCCUCCUGCAAGGAGACCUGUUCGAGCAACACAGCCAAACAUUCCCUGAAGCAGCGCUGAAAACAACUGUGGAGGCCUACCUACUGGAAAAGGCAAAGCUCAAGACGGAACUGUCCCUCGUCUAUGACACUGACCAGUUCAGGGCUUGCAGUGGUGCUGUUAAUCUGCUCCAGUUCUUUGUUGACAACAAUCUGCAGGAGACAUUCACAGAGACUGUCAGUCUUCUGAAGGUUCUUGUAACCACACCCAUGGCUACGGCUGAGGCAGAGAGGUGCUUUUCCACUCUGAAAAGGAUCAAGACUUUCUUGAGGAACAGCAUGACACAGGAUCGCCUGAAUGCUCUGGUUAUGCUGUCAAUUGAGAAAAAACUAAUUAGCAGCAUUCUUGACUUCAACACCAGAGUCAUUGAGAGGUUUGCCACUCAGAAGGAGAGAAGGGCAAAAUUCCUCUACAAAUAAAGACACAUACACACACGGCCAACCCUUAAAAAAUAAAAUGCGUUUUAUUAGAGAGACAAUUAAACGGCCGCAGAAUGUUGUUUAUUUUAUUUUACCUUUUAUUUAACCAGGAUAGGUCUCAUAGAGAUUAAAACUCUCUUUUUCAAGAGAGUCCUGUGUUGUGAAGUUACUUUUGGAUACCAAAGAUGUUUUCAAUGUUGUUCAACCACAAAGUCCAGGAACAUGAGGACAGUUUGGAAACCUGUUGCGUUCGACUCAUUUCCCCCAGAGGAACAGUUGUUUAUUGUUUCCUUUUGUUUUUGUUAUUCAAAGCAGUAAAAAAGGUGCUAUAGGCCAAUAAGCUGGAUAUCACUUUAUGUAUGUAGAGAGGAGGUUUCCCAUGGUUGUGUUAGAAGUUUAUUAAUAAGUGGGCAUUUAUUGUCUCCACGUUUGUUGCAUUGUCUGUGAUGUAUUUUCCAACGGUUAUAGCUCCUCCUGUCCUGUCCCAGCAACACUACACGGUUUGCAGCUCCACCACAUUUUUGGUUUAUCUUCGGUGUCGCUUUAAAUCUGCUUCCCAUCGGACUAAAACCUCCACGAAAUCUGAUGACAGAUACUUGAAGUUAUUUAAACCUUUUGCAAACUUCUUUAUGUUCUUUCUUGCUCUAGUCUUGCCAGUUACAUUGUACAUAACAAAUGUAUUAUCAUUAUGCUAACUGGUUGUUCGUGCUAGAUGAUGUAGCUUUUUCAUUUCUGAGUUAUUGAUAUAUGUAAAUAAGCCUGUUUGUAAAUAACCCUCAGAGAAACAAAAACAAGUCUUAUACAAAUGUAAAGCUCUA